AUGCUGAAUCUCACCAAAUUCCGACACAUUUUCAUCAAAACCUCGUUUGGCCCGACUCCCUCAAUAUCCGUAUGCUGUAGUUUCACUUCAUCAUCAAACCCCAUUGCUCAUCCUUCAUCCUCGCCAGCUGUCGCCAUCUUUUGGGAUCUCGAUAACAAGCCGCCCAAGUCCUCCCCGCCUUUCGAUGCCGCCAUUCGGCUAAAAAAAGCAGCACAAAAAUUCGGGUUCGUCAAGUACAUGAUUGCUUACGCCAAUCGACACUCGUUUGCCUACGUACCACCUCUAGUCCGUGACCAAAGAAGAGAGAGAAAAACCCUAAACGAGCUCGAGAAAAUAGGCGCCAUCAAGCCAUCAGAACCUUACACGUGCGGUGUUUGCGGGAGAAAGUUCUACAAAAACGAGAAACUCAUGAACCAUUUUAAGGACAUUCACGAACGCGAGCAAGCAAAACGUGUGAACCAGAUUGAGUCCUCCCGUGGCAAGAAAAGGGUUCGAUUAGUGGCCAAAUACGCCAUGAAGAUGGAAAAGUACAAAAGGGCUGCCCGGGAUGUGUUGACUCCGAAAACCGGUUAUGGGCUGGCGGACGAGGUUAAACGGGCCGGGUUUUGGGUCCGGGAGGUUUCAAACUUGCCUCAGGCUGCUGAUGUGGCGUUGAGGAAUCACAUGGUGGAGCUUAUGGAUCGGAGGGUGAUGGAUUGUCUGGUUCUUGUUUCGGAUGACUCGGAUUUCGAGGGGGUUUUGAAGGAGGCGAGGGAGAGGUGUCUAAAGACUGUUGUUGUGGGUGAUGUCAGCGAGGGGUGUUUGAAAAGGACUGCCAAUAGCUCGUUUUCUUGGGAGGAGAUUUUGAUCGGGAAGGCGAGGAAGCAAGCGGUCUCGGUUGUGGGGAAGUGGAAGGAUUUUAGUGUGUUGAAGGGGUUAGAGUGGACUUACGAUCCGGAGAGGGAGAAAAAAUCAUAUUUUGAGGAGAUCGAGAGCCGGGGUUCGGAUUUCGAGGGGUCUGGUUCAGACGACGAGUCGGGCUCGGGCUCGGUUUUAGGGGAAGGAGGUGAUUGGUGGGAAAUGGAGUCGGAUGGUGAUGACUGA